AUGAUCACAGGAUUCCUGUCUCUGCUUUGCCUCGGGCUCUGUCUGGGCUAUGAUGAUGAGCACAAGAAUGACACCCUCCCCAGACCCUCCCUCCACGCCUUGCCGGGAUCAGUGGUCGGACCCGGCGGUAACGUGACCCUGAAGUGCCAGGGUCCCUUGCAGAACGUGACGUUCAUGCUGGGGAAGUGGCAGGCCCCGGGGUACAGGCAGGAGCAGAGCUCAGCGGGACACGGUGCCGAAUUCCUCCUCACGCACCUGGGGCCCGAGCACGCCGGGAGGUACUUCUGUGCCUACAAGACCGCGGGCUCCCACGCGUGGUCAGAGCAGAGCGAGCACCUGCACCUGGAGGUCACAGAUAACCACGACAGACCUGGAGCUCCCUCAGCAAAAACAGACAGCAGGGUCAUCUUCGUCACCGCCUUCAGCUGCCUCGCCAUCUUCCUCCUCUUCCCCAUGGUCUUCCUCAUCUACCGGCGCAGUCAGAGUGGCUCAUCCCAUGAGGAAUCCACCAAGAGCCAUCCCGAGCAAGAGGACUCAGAUCUGUCCCAGCAGGAAAGCUCGUCGCUCUCGAUGGAAGACCCCCAGGAGGGGCCGAGUGCUGAUGGAAAAAGGAAGACACCGUCUGAGGCAGCGGCGGCAGCUUCCGUCCCGGCCGAGGAGCCCCCGGGAGCCUGUGACUGCGCCGCGGUGAACGUGUAG